CAGGAGCCUUUGCUGGGUCCCGGAGGGGAGGAGGAGGAGAGCAGGGAUGUCGUGGAAUCAGAAGAACAUUAUAAGAGCAGGUGGCGAUCCAUCUGGGUUAUGUAUCUUACUAUGUUUCUUGGUAGUGUAGGUUUCUCAAUUGUAAUUAUGUCUGUGUGGCCAUAUCUCCAGAAGAUUGAUCCAACAGCAGAUGGAAGUUUCUUGGGCUGGAUUAUAGCUUCAUAUAGCAUUGGCCAGAUGGUCUCCUCUCCCCUGUUUGGGUUGUGGUCCAACUACAGGCCAAGGAAGGAACCUCUCGUCAUUUCCACUGCUGUCUCAGUAGCUGCUAAUUGUCUUUAUGCCUACGUCCAUGUACCUCAUUCACACAACAAAUACUACAUGCUGACUGCACGUGCUCUUGUGGGAUUUGGAGCAGGCAACGCGGCUGUAGUUCGAUCGUAUAUUUCAGGUGCCACUUCUCUUAAGGAAAGAACAAGUGCCAUGGCCAAUACCAGUGCCUGCCAAGCAGUUGGCUUCAUACUAGGACCAGUUUUUCAGACUUGUUUUACACUUAUUGGAGAAGAAGGGAUAACAUGGAAAUUAAUUGAUCUUCAGCUGAACAUGUACACAGCACCAGUCUUAUUUGGAGCUCUCCUAGGAGUUACUAAUAUUAUUCUCAUCUUUGCCAUAUUCAGAGAGCAUCGAGUGGAUGACAUGGGACGGCAGUGCAAAAGUGUCAAUUCUGAAGGAGAAGAAAGCGAUGCUCAGGACACAGAAGGAGAUGUUGACCAUGUGGCUGUGGUGGCAAUCAAUUUUCUUUUCUUUGUCAUCUUGUUCGUGUUUGCUGUCUUUGAAACUAUAGCCACUCCUCUGACCAUGGAUAUGUAUUGCUGGACCAGGAAAGAAGCUGUUUUUUAUAAUGGAAUAAUCCUUAUCGUGGUUGGCAUUGAAUCCGUUAUUGUUUUCAUGGUGGUUAAAGUUCUGGCUAAAAAGACUGGUGAGCGUGCCAUGCUCCAUGGAGGCUUAUUGAUUGUCCUGGUUGGAUUCUUUAUCUUACUGCCUUGGGGGAAAAAACUACCAAAUAUCCAGUGGCAAGAAAUAAAGAAUAACUCCAUUCCCAGAACAACCUACACUGAAAUGGAAAUGCCCUUCUGGAGUUGGCAGCUUCCAGCCAACCACACAGCAGAACCUGUGGGCUGCCCCAUCACACAGUCCUGGUGCCUGAACACUCCCAUAAUCUACCUGGCCCAGUACAUCAGCUCCGACAUACUCAUCGGGUUGGGCUAUCCAGUUUGUCAUGUCAUGUCUUACACUUUAUACUCCAAAAUUCUAGGACCAAAGCCUCAGGGUACCUACAUGGGAUGGUUAACUGCCUCUGGAAGUGGAGCACGAAUACUUGGGCCUGUUUUUGUGAGCCAAGUAUACACACACCUAGGACCACGAUGGGCAUUUAGCCUAAUCUGUGGAAUAGUUGUGGCCUCUCUUCUACUCCUGGAGAUAGUAUACAAGAGACUAAUUGCAUUUUCUGUCAGAUAUGGAAGGAUGCAAGAAGAGAGUUGUUAAAUAUGUAUUAAAAACAAACCAACCAACUUACUUUAUUACUACUUUUGUAAUGAGUAGUACCUAACCACUGACCUUGUUGGCUGUAUGUUGAGAACUGUAUGCCUGUGCUUACACAUUGACAGAACAUGUAGCUUGCUCAUGCCCUAACGUGAUUACACCUGCUGCAACAGAGCUUUUGUGAUCUGCUUUUCUAGCAGCAGCAGAAGGGAUGUGAACAAGUUAUAUCAAUACAACGGCACAUUUGCAGUGUGUACAGUUUUAAAUGAUGCAGCUGUGCACUGGAUGCAGUUGUGAAGGUCACAGGUUAUGUGCACCCUUUCCAGAAAGAAGUAAAAGAAAUAUUUGUCUUGAUUCUAUGAAUCAGGAUCAGUAACACUUUUGUAACUACAGGAAUAAUUGAGCUGCAUGCACUUUGUAAGGAAACUGCACUACUCCAGGCAACCUUCUGAUGUUCAGUUUGCCAGCUUCUAAGCCCUGGAUAAUACCAAUGUGUCACGUGGGAAGCUCUUGCGUAUCAAUACAUCUUCUCCGGAGGUUCAGAUGGAAUGUGGCAAAACUGCAGAAGCAGGUAGGUGUCUGCUUCACCAGCAGCUCAUGUGGGAUUUGGGUAUUUAUGUUGGUUAUGAGCCUCUGAAAAUCACAGCCUGAGGGCUGUUACUUGAACUAGAGUGAACCAUAUGUGCAAUUUUUCUGUUUUGUUGAAUGCCUUUUUCUACCAAGAAAGCUAAUGGAUACAGAGUUGAAUUAUGCACUGUACUACAAGAAGGAAAUGCUAAGGGUGACAGUUUACACUUUGUCAUUUGUGAGAAUGAAAGCACUGUACUGAGCAACCAGUCUUAAGGGUAGGUAAGUAAAUAAGAAACUGGUUCCUCAGGUGUUGACUAUGAUGUGCUAACUUAUUUUUCCCUGACCUCUUAGUAGGAGAAACAGGAAUUUACAAUGUUAGAACCAUUGUGUUUAUUUUAAAAAGUGAAAUAAUAGUUUUCCUUCAGAAUGGGGUCUGAACUCACCUGUAUGGGGUUGUUUUAUCCAUCUUAAUACUACUGGGAGAGGAAAAAAAGGUGUUUUAACUCCAAGGAGAGUGGUAGGUGCUGUUUAAUGUACUUAGAGAAUUUAAUAAAUGUAAUUAAGUAUUCCUGUGUAAUCAAUUGUUCAAACAUUA